UCAGCAAAACAAUCAAUUGACAGACACACUGUCUUGACAUCGUCAUCUCAUAUCAGUCAAAAUGACUAUCCCCCAAAUCAACGGUCUUCAGAUCGAGGUGUUGGCUGAGGGCGAAGGCACCCGCGAGACGGCCCGCGGCGACAGCAUCGACGUCCACUACAAGGGCACCCUUCAGAGCGAUGGCAGCGAGUUUGAUCAAAGCUACAAGCGGGGCAAGCCUCUCAACUUCGUCGUUGGCGCCGGUCAGGUCAUUAAGGGCUGGGACGAGGGCCUCCUGGGCAUGAAGAUCGGCGAGAAGCGCAAGUUGACCAUCCAGCCCGCUCUCGGCUACGGCGCCCGCGGUGCUGGCGGUGUCAUCCCGCCCAAUGCCGUUCUCAUCUUCGAGACUGAGCUCGUGGGCAUCAAGGGCGUUACCAAGGGACAGUAAACGCCGGCUAUCUUGACGGAUGUCUCGGGCCUGGAGUUAGAGUCUGGC